GUACUUUCAAAUGGACACACCUGGAAGCAGCAGAGACGGUUUGGUGUAGUGACGAUGCGGAAGCUGGGACUGGGGAAGAAAUGCAUGGAACACCAAAUCGAAGAGGAGGCCAAUCAACUUGCGGAGACUUUUGCACAUGCAAAGGGCCAGCCACUCGAUCCUGCUUUGCCCAUCACCAAUUCCGUCUGCAAUGUGAUAUGUGCCGUGACUUUUGGACACCGCUUUUCUCUCGAAGAUGAACAGUUCCAGAAACUGGUCAAAGCAGUUGAUGACGGCUUAAAAUUUGCAGGCAGUUUCUUUCACAUUCUGUAUGAAACAUUCCCGGGCAUCAUGAAGCAUCUUCCAGGGCCUCACGAAGAGGCAUUCUCUGCACUGCAGGAGGUGCUCUCCCAUGCAAGGCAGGAGGCAGAGGAGCACGAGGAGCAGGGGUCCUUCCACGAGCCACGGGACUUCAUCGAUUUCUAUCUCCUGCAGAUGGAGAAACAUCAGAAGAAGAAGGACCCCAGCUCCACCUCUGAUAAAGAGAACCUGGCUCAGUGCAUCCACGACUUCUUUAUUGCGGGGACCGAAACAACUGCCAGUUCCCUGAAAUGGGCAUUGCUGCUUCUCACUAGUCAUCUGGAUAUCCAAGAUAAUGUCUAUAAGGAGAUUGAAGGAGCUUUUGGUUCUACUCACACAAUCACCUAUCAAGAUAAAAAGAAACUGCCCUACACAAAUGCGGUGAUUCAUGAGAUGCAGCGUUUCAAAUAUAUCUUAUUAAUGGGAGUCCCAAGAGAAUGCGCGAAGGACACAAAUAUGCGUGGCUUUCUCAUUCCCAAGGGGACCCUGAUUUUUCCAGAUCUGCGCUCUGUCCUUCUUGAUCCUGAGCACUGGGACACUCCUGAAGAGUUCAACCCAAAUCAAUUUUUGGACAAGGAUGGAAACUUUGUGGCCAGAGAGGAAUUUCUGCCAUUCGGUGCAGGGGCCCGGGUCUGCCUGGGGGAGAGGCUGGCGUGCAUGGAGAUCUUCCUCCUCCUGACCCGCCUGCUGCGGGCCUUCCGCUUCCAGCUGCCAGAAGGCACGAAGGAGCUCAGCCAGAAACCUAUACGUGGGUUAGCAACUCCUCCCCAGCCGUAUAAAAUCUGCGCCGUUCCCCGCUGCAGCUCAUCGUGA